CGCGGCGUCAGUGGAACGUCAUCAACAUGCGACGGUUUGGAUGUUUAGCAUAUGGUUUAGCAAAGAGGAAGAAAAAUGCGACUACGCUGACAUGAUCAGUGUUACAACUUUUACAAUCACUUAAGUUAACGGAUUUUUUAAAUAUAUAUUUUAAAAAGAUAAGUCAGUUGUUGCAUUGUCACGGGAAAACUGGAAAAUGUCUCGAUCCGGUAAGAAAAACGGCAUUCCUGACAGGUGGCUGGAAUACAAAGCUGUCGGCAAACGACUUAACGGGACCCGUUUUGUUGCCUUCAAAGUUCCUCUCGAGCAGUCUUUGACUCGCCAGCUCCCGCCCUCCCAGGCGUUUGGGCCAUGGGAGCUGCUGGACGCCAUCAGGGAAGACCGCCAGGAACUUGGUCUCAUCAUCGACUUGACUUUCACCAAGCGCUACUACCAGCCGCAGGACCUGCCGGCGUCUCUGUCCUGCGUCAAAAUUUUCACGAAGGGUCACGUGGUGCCCGACGACGACACCAUCUUGGCUUUCAAACAAGCGGUGCAGGGCUUCUUGCGGGACAACGCUGAUAACGACCAGCUGAUUGGCGUCCACUGCACGCACGGCCUUAACCGCACCGGGUACAUGAUCUGCAGGUACUUGAUCGACGUGGACAGGAUGGACCCUGCAGCGGCCAUCAAACUCUUCAACUCGUCUCGCGGACACGACAUGGAGCGACAAAACUACAUCGACGAUCUUCACAACAAACGCAAGAGAAGUAACAAGGGCAUGAACACGUGUGUGCUGAAGUUCAUCAGGGGUACUGCUGUCGCCCGGCCGCCAGACGAUGGGGACCAGAGACAAGCUUACGAGUUUGACCGCCCCCAUCACGACUAUCGCACACACGGUCGCCCCACACAAGGUCGCCCUGUGUAUGACGCUCCCCACGAUGGCCGCCCCCAUCACGACUAUCACACACACGGUCGCCCCACACAAGGUCGCCCUGUGUAUGACGCUCCCCACGAUGACCGCCCCCAUCACGACUAUCACACAAAAGGUCGCCCUGUGUAUGACGCUCCCCACGAUGACCGCCCCCAUCACGACUAUCACACAAAAGGUCGCCCUGUGUAUGACGCUCCCCACGAUGGCCUCUAUAGACGUGGUCGCCCCGUGCACGACGCCCCACCGCAUGGCCGCUCCACAUAUGACGCGCCUCGACAUGGCCGCCACAAACAGCACCCGCUUCCCCCCCCGCCGACAGCCCCCGCCUCACACCCUCCCUUCCGCCCUCACGUAUGGGGGCCGCCUCAUGCCGCCAACAAGUGGGAGCAACCCAGAUAUGUUCCGCCCCGCCCACAACAGCCCCCCCUGCCCCUCCCAAAGUAUAUCCCCAAAUGGGCCAACCACUGUAGCGUUGACGGACAGGACGGAGGGGCGGGGCCAAGUUGGCCACACACCAGACAUAACAACUUUUAGUCUUUAUUAAUGUUGUUUUUGUAAUCUCAAGUGUCCUAAUGAAUUGGCCAGGCCUAUUUUUGGCGAGAAUAAGUCUUAACGAGCUUCUAUGCUGGCAUCAUUGUCCCAUUGGGUUGAGUUUUUCCUUGCCCUGAUGUGGGAUCUGAGCCGAGGAUGCCGCUGUGGCUUGUGCAGCCCUUUGAGACACUCGUGAUUUAGGGCUAUAUAAGUAAACAUUGAUUGAUUGAUCAGUGGGAAAGUCAGGCUUUCACGGACGCACUUUGUUUUACUACAUGUGACAAAUUGUUUCAGGAUGAAGAUCAAUCAAUCA